AUGGGCUGGAUUUUGCAAGCUGGCAAGCCUCAGGCUCCCGCUCCCAUCCCCGCCCCCUCCCACCGCCUGCGGCCCCACAGCCCCGCAGCAGCCACAGGGGGAACCAAAGAGACAGAAGCCUUCCCAGCUGCCCGGACCACAGACGCCAACACCCCCCACCCCCCACCACACGCCGCCUUGCCCGCCCGCGCCCCGCACGCUAGCCCACGACCGAGAGGCGGCGGCAGCAGCAGGCUGCAGGCUGCGGUGACUCGCACCGGUGCGCUCCUCGCAGCGCUUGCUAUCCCAAGUGACUCGGACUGGCCCCGGGUCCCCGGCCCCAGCUCCCGCUCGCGCCACCCGCCCUCCUGUCCUUUCGCGCCUCUCUACCCCCCAGCUCGCGGGAAGGGAGGUCGCGGCAGCGGCCUGGAGGCACCGGCGACCGUGGCGACAGCGGCGAAAGUGGCGGCGGCGGUGGCGGCAGCGGCUGCGGCGGCGGCGGAGGCUGCGGCGGCGACCGUGGCGGAGGCUGUGGCGGAGGCCUCCGUAGCGGAGGCGGAAGCAGAGGUGGAGGCUGAGGUGGAGGCCGAGGCCUCACGCGGCUGA